AUGGCAAGUAUUGGUGUAGCUUAUUUUGUUACACUUUGUCUUUACCCAGGAAUAGUAUCAGAAAUAAUAUCUUGUAAAUUCGAAUCAUGGAUGCCGGUAAUUUUGAUGGCAGCAUUUAAUGGUGCAGAUUUGCUUGGAAAAAUUUUAGCGUCAAUAUCGUAUGAAUGGACACGAACACAACUGGUGUAUUUUUCAAUCGCUCGUAUACUUCUUAUACCUCUCUUUCUAUUAUGUGCGAUUCCAAGACAUGCACCAAUAUUAUCAAGCGAAAUUUAUCCACUUCUUUUUUCGUGGUUACUUGGACUUACUAACGGUAUCGUUGGUAGUGUCCCGAUGAUUCAGGCCCCAAGUAAAGUUCCUGAAGAACACCGGGAAUUAGCUGGAAAUAUUAUGACCCUAUCUUACACCACUGGUCUCACACUUGGAUCUUUGUUAGCUUAUAUAUUAGAUGCGUUUCUUGGUCAUCCUGUUACUACUAAAGAAAUUUGUGUAAACUUAUUGACCGCCACUGUACCAACAACAUUUAUAAGUAAUAAUAUAACAACAGAUAUAUUAGCGAGCAGUAUCAAACUCACCACUCUUCCAACAAUUAAAAAUAUUAGUAAAAUAUCAAACAUGUUAAUGACAACAACUGCUACUAAAAUGGCAACACAAUUAACGACUUCCUUAAUGACAAAUAAAACAGCAAUACUUUUAGGGAAUGCCCUUAACACAACAUCAACCACAACAGUACCAAUUAUUUUUACCAAUGUUACAUCGACUAUUAGUAAUGCAAUCAUUCAACAUUAA